AUGGAAUCUCGUAGUUGGAUGUACGAUAGAACUAAUCCUGGUCAAUUUGGGUUGAAGAAUGAAUUUGUACCCGACGUUUACGAUUUUGUUGACUAUGCUAAAACACUUGAGGAUUUUACAAUUCAUGGUGUGGUUAGGUGUCCUUGUUCUAAAUCUGAAUGUAUGAAAUUCAAGACCCCAGAGAUUGUUAGGCGACAUCUAAUGGAAAAAGGUUUUAAAAGUAAUUAUACAGUUUGGACUAGUCAUGAAGAAACGCGUAACAGUUUAGGUGGAUUUCUGAACUUUGUUGUGGGUGAAAGUAGUAGGAUGGUAGAACCUAAUGUCCAGAAUUCUAGAAUGCACGACAUGGUUCAGGAUGCUUAUGGCAUGCAUUUGGCCUUUGAAUCAGGUGGCCAUGUUGAAGAAUCUCCCAAUGAAGAGGCCAACCAUUUUUAUAAAAAGUUAAAUCAAGCUAGUCGGCCCUUACAUGAUGGUUCUACCCACUCUAAAUUAUUUGUCGUUGUUAGAUUAUUGAAUAUUAAAGCAGAUAACAAUGUUUCCCAAGGAGCAAUGAAUUCUGUGAUUGACCUCAUGCAUGAAUUGGUUAACCCGACUCUAGAGAUACUCGAUAAUUACUAUAAGGCAAAGAGAUUGGUGUCUAAGUUGGGACUCUCGUCUGUGAGAAUUAAUUGCUGUGAAAAUGGCUGCAUGUUAUACUAUAAUGAUGACGUCAAUCUAGAAUCUUGUAAGUUUUGUGGUAGUGAAUGCUCUGCUCCUCAUCUGAGAUGGCACAAUGAAAAUAGAAGGCCACCGGGUGUUAUGUGUCAUCCAUCGGAUGGUGAGGCCUGGAAGCAUUUUGAUAGAACCUAUCCAGACUUUGCAGUUGAACCACGUAACGUUAGGUUGGGUUUAUAUUCUGAUGGAUUCACUCCGCAUUCUGGCUCUGCUGCUUCAUAUUCUUGUUGGCCUGUGUUUAUAACCCCAUAUAAUCUUCCCCCAGAGAUGUUUGAUGAGCUGAAACAAUUUUGGGUUGAAGGGGUUGAGACAUAUGACAAUUCGGGUAAGCAGAAUUUUAAUUUGAGGGCCGCUUUAAUGUGGACUAUUAAUGAUUUUCCUGUGUAUGGGAUGUUGUCUGGGUGGAUGACAGCCGGAAAGAGAAUGAAAAAUGCAUUCAAGAAUAACACAAUUGAACAAGAUUUUCCACCUCCAAUACUGUCUGGUGAGGAUAUUUGGGAGAGGGUUCAACACCUCCCAAAGGUUACCGAAGAAGAACCAUACAGAUUCGAUGGGUAUGGGGUAUACCAUACCUGGACAAAGCAGAGCAUAUUUUGGGAGUUGUCACAUUGGAAGGAUAAUCUUCUGCGCCAUAAUCUUGAUGUCAUGCACAUUGAAAAAAAUUACUUUGAUAAUUUGUUUAACACAGUGAUAGAUGUGAAGGACAAGACGAAAGAUAAUGUUAAGGCUAGAAUGGACUUGAUUGAGUAUUGUGGACGAAAAGAGUUAUGGUUGCAACCAAAACAGAACAGGUUCUUCAAGCCUAAGGCUAAGUUAUUCUUUCACAAUGGAGCAGAAGUGAAAGAAUUGUGA